AUGCUACAAGGAUGCAGUUCUCACGGCGGGCACGACACACCGAAUCUCCUUGCCAACACACUUGAGAAUAAGUAUCAUUGGAAAUGCCUGGAUGCAUCCACCAAUCCCCUACACCUGAAAGAAUGUGAUCGCAAACUUUCCCAGAUUAGUUUUUCACUGGGGUUUCUGCAGCAAAAUUUUGAAGGGUGUAAUAGACCAUUGAAAAUAUUCGGUCCCGGAAACACCGUUCUAGCAUGGAAUGAGAGAGACAAUACGCUGAUGAUGAAUUCGACAAAUCAUGCUCAAAAUGCUGAAUGGUGUUAUGGGGAAUCGAAUUAUGAGGGCUCGUAUCUCAUACAACCAUACG